GCCUCGGAGAUGAGCUCGGCGCCGGGGCUGCCGACACCGGGGACCUCGCUGUCCCUACGAGUAUCCUUCGUGGACGUGCAUCCCGAGGUGAUCCUUGUGCAGCUAUGGGGACUGGUGGGCCAGCGGCGGGAGGAGUACGUGCGUCUGAGCCGGGAGAUCCAGGAAGCGGCGGCCACGCGCGGCCCGUGGGCGCUGGGCGGCGCGUCGGCCUCGCCGGGCGAGCUGUGCCUGGUGCAGGUGGGGCUCAUGUGGCACCGCUGCCGCGUGGUCAGCCGGCAGGCGCAGGAGAGCCGCGUCUUCCUGCUGGACGAGGGCCGCACCAUCACGGCCGGCGCGGGGUCUCUGGCGCCCGGGCGCAGCGAGUUCUUCCACCUGCCCUCCGAGGUGCUGGGCUGCGUGCUGGCCGGCCUAGUGCCGGCGGGCGGCGGCGGCGCGGGCGGGGGUGAGCCGCAGCACUGGCCGCCCAGCGCCGUGGACUUCCUCAGCAACCUGCAGGGCCAGGAGGUGCACGGCCGGGUCCUGGAGGUCCUGCUCCCCCAACGCCUGGUCCUGCUGGAGGUGCCGGCCGUGUUCCAGCAGAUGCAGGAGCUCGGCCUGGCCCGGCAGGUGCCGGAUGGGCUCUUCCGCUCCCUACUCAAGCGCUACCUCAUGUCUGCUGGCAGGAGCCCUGGCACCCCGGUUUUCCCGCGAGUCCCGCCCAAGCAAGAGCAGCCUGGCCUGGAUUACUUCUAUCCUCAGCUGCAGUUGGGCGUGACGGAGCCCGUAGUGGUAACCCAAGUGUGCCAUCCCCACCGUAUUCACUGCCAACUCCGGAGCCUCUCGCAGGAGAUCCACCGCCUCUCUGAGAGCAUGGCCCAGGUAUACCGGGUUUUCACGGGGACAGGGGAUGAGAACUCUACCGGUACCACGUGCGAGGAGAGGGAGGAGAGCCCGGACAAGCCAGGCUCUCCGUGUGCCUCCUAUGGAUUGGAUGGACUUUGGUACAGGGCUCUUUUGCUUGAGACUUUUCGGCCCCAGCGCUGUGGCCAGGUGCUUCACGUCGACUAUGGAAGGAAGGAGUUAGUGAGUUGUAGUAGCCUUCGGUACCUGCUGCCUGAAUAUUUCCGGAUGCCUGUGGUGACCUACCCUUGUGCUUUGUAUGGACUCUGGGACUGUGGGAGAGGCUGGUCUCGGUCGCAGGUUGGUGACCUAAAGGCACUGAUUCUAGGCCAGGCAGUAAAUGCCAAGAUUGAAUUUUACUGUUCUUUUGAACAUGUGUAUUAUGUCACCCUGUAUGGAGAAGACGGAAUUAAUCUUAACAGUGCCUUUGGAGUACAGUCAUGUUGCUUGGCUGACCGAUUCCUUCAGAGCCAAGGAAUAGAGGAGGAAGAAGAAGCAGAAACAGCAUUUCAGUUUCAGUACCCUGCUGAAGAAGUGGAUGAAGAGGUUUUCCUCCCAGCUUUAAGAUCGAUCAGGUUAAAGAUGAAUGCCUUUUAUGAUGCCCAGGUAGAGUUUGUUAAAAGCCCUUCUGAGUUUUGGAUUAGGUUGAAGAAACACAAUGGCACCUUCAGCAAGCUUAUGAGGCGAAUGUGCAGUUUUUAUUCUUCAGCCAGUAAGUUGGAUGGUGUGGUUUUGAAACCUGAGCCUGAUGACCUCUGCUGUGUCAAAUGGAAAGAAAACGGCUAUUACCGGGCCAUCGUCACCAGAUUAGACAGCAGGAGUGUGGAUGUGUUCCUAGUUGACAGGGGCAGUUCAGAACGCGUGGACUGGCACGAUGUAAGGGUGUUACUGCCUCAGUUUAGGCAGCUGCCGACAUUGGCUUUGACCUGCACCCUGGCUGAUAUUUGGCCUUUGGGGAAAACUUGGAGCCAGGAGGCAAUUUCCUUUUUUAAGAAGACCGUACUCCACAAAGAACUAGUCAUCCACGUCCUCGAUAAGCAGGAUCAUCAGUAUGUUAUAGAGAUUCUUGAUGAAUCAAGAGCAGGGGAAGAAAAUAUUAGUAAGGUCAUUGCUCAAGCUGGCUAUGCCAACUAUCAGGAAUUUGAAACCAAAGAAAAUGUCCCAGUGAAUGCCUGCUCCCCAGGGCAUGUGCCAAGCCAUUUCAUUGCUGAGAAUAACAAAAUACCUUCCGCUAAGAAGGUAGAAGGGGAACAGAGAGCUCUGAGAGAUAGUAAAACCACAUCUGUUUCAGAAGCGUUGACUGCCGCGACAGUUGUUAAAAAUGUUUCCGCUGGACAAGUUAUGCAGGAAAAAGAGAAAAUUUCAUCUGUGUAUUCUCCUGGUACACAGAAUUUCUCAAAAGUUGACCCAGACUCUUCUUGUAAAGGAGAGCUAAAAGUUGGAAGUACAGUAGAAGUCAAAGUGUCUUAUGUUGAAAACCCCGGCUAUUUCUGGUGUCAGUUAACCAGAAACACACAAGCACUUAGAACACUAAUGUGUGAUAUUGAGGAGUACUGCAAAAAUAUACCAGCUCCUUUCCAGGGGAACACUCCUGCUUGUUUGGCAAAGCGAAAAGCAAAUGGAAAAUGGUCCAGAGCUCUGAUUAGUGGUGCACAAUCUUCAGAGCACGUCACAGUAAUGUUUGUAGACUACGGAGACAAAGACAUGGUGUCCGUGAAGAAUAUAUAUUCAAUUAGUGAUGAGUUUCUCAAGGUUAGGGCUCAGGCUUUUAGGUGCAGUCUUUAUAAUUUAAUUCAACCAACUGGUGAUAAUCCCUUUGUUUGGGAUGAAAAGGCAAUACAAGCUUUUAGCGGAUUUGUAGAUAACGCAUGGCAAAACAAUCUAGAAUUAAAAUGCACAAUAUUUGCUCUGGCAUCUGCACGUGAUGAAGAACUAUUCAAUGUUGUAGAUUUGCUGACACCCUUUCAGAGCGCAUGCCAUUUCUUGGUAGAAAGGAGACUUGCAAGACCCGUGAAACUUCAGAAGCCUCUGGAGUCUUCUGUCCAGCUGCAUUCCUACUACUAUUCUACACAUGACAUGAAAAUUGGAAGUGAAGAAUCGGUGUACGUAACACACGUUGAGGACCCUUGGACAUUUUACUGCCAGCUGGCAAGAAAUGCAAAUAUUUUAGAACAGCUAUCAGGUAGCAUUACACAAUUAAGUCAAGUUUUGCUGAAUUUACAAACAUCUCCCUUGAUCCCUAGCACCUUGUGCCUUGCCAGGUAUACCGAUGGAAACUGGUACAGGGGGAUAAUAAUUGAAAAAGAGCCUAACAAAGUCUUCUUUGUUGAUUUUGGGAACAUUUAUGUAACAAGUGACAAUCUCCUUUCAAUACCUCGGGAUGCAUAUGAUGUUUUACUUUUGCCCAUGCAAGCCAUAAAAUGCUCACUCUCUGAUAUUCCUAAUCAUAUUCCAGAAGAAGUCACAACAUGGUUUCAGGAGACUAUUUUAGAUAAGUCAUUGAGAGCCUUGGUUGUAGCAAAAGAUCCAGAUGGAAGACUGAUUAUAGAACUGUAUGAUGACAGUAUUCAAAUUAAUGCUAGUAUUAAUGAGAAGUUAGGGCUGCUUGGUUACAAAAGCAGAAUAAGGAAAAAAAAGAAAGAAAAUGAAGCACACCUGCCUACCACUGAAACUCUUGAAGAAAAAAAGGAAAAUGUGAAGUUGUCACCUACAAAGUAUUUAAGUAAAUCAGGAGAGAACCAAUUGCCCAGUGUAGAGAUUUUGGGAGACCCUAAGGUCAGCUCAGCAUGUAAGGAGCUCAAAUAUUUACAAAGCUCAACAAAGACAAACUUGUUCCCUCAAUACCAAAAUUCUCUGGGAAACAAAAAUGACCAAGUGUUUCCAUUGAUAAGUGAAAAGAAAGAUAUAUUUGCUGAGCCACCACUGAAAGCCACAAAACUGGAAGCCAGUCUUCCCGAGAGAAGAAUAGGGGAUUCGUGUAAAGAAGAUUUGCCUCUAAAAUUUUGUGAGUUCCCACAGAAGACAAUACUGCCCGGGUUUAAAACAACUGUCUAUGUUUCACAUAUUAAUGAUCUUUCAGACUUUUACAUUCAGUUAACAGAAGAUGAGGCUCAAAUUAACCGUCUUUCAGAGAGAUUAAAUGAUGUUAAAACAAAGCCCAAAUACUAUACAGGUCCACCUUUGCAAAGUGGAAAUGUGAUAUGUGCCAUUUUCCCAGAAGACAAUUUGUGGUACCGUGCAGUGGUCAAGGAACGACAAUCCAAUGACCUUCUCUCUGUACAGUUUAUAGAUUAUGGCAACGUAUCUGUGGUUCACGCUAACAAAACAGGCAAGCUCGACCUAGUUAAUGCACUGUUACCAGGACUGUGCAUUCAUUGCUCCUUAAGGGGGCUUUGGGUCCCUGACAUUAUACACUGUAAGCAAAUGAUGCGUUACUUCUCUCAAAGGACCGAUGAGGCUCAAGUAAGGUGUGAAUUUGUUAAAUUUCAAGACAGAUGGGAAGUCAUUCUUGCGGAUGAACACGGCAUCAUAGCAGAAGAUAUAAUUAGUAGAUAUGCUGUCAGUGAAAAAUCUCAAAUAGGACUUCCUCCCCAAAUAAUUAAAGGGGAUUGCUCAAAGUCUGUGGACAAACUGGACAUUGACACUUCAGUAUUUCUUAACUGGUACAGUCCAAAAAUGAAGAUAGUAAGAGCUUAUGCCACUGUGAUAGAUGGACCUGAGUAUUUUUGGUGCCAGUUCGCAAAUACUGAGAAACUCCAGUAUUUAGAAAUAGAAGUUCAAAUGGCUGGAAAGCACGUAACAGAUUGGAGAAAAUAUAUCCCAUGUCCUCACAUUGGAGAUCCUUGUAUAGUGAAAUACAGAGAAGAUGGGCAUUAUUAUAGAGCUCUUAUCACGAAUGUUUGUGAAGACGAUCUUAUAUCUGUCAGGCUUGUGGACUUUGGAAAUGUUGAAGACUGUGUGGACCCAAAAGCACUCUGGAUUAUUCCUUCUGAACUUCUGUCCAUUCCCAUGCAAGCCUUUCCUUGUUGCCUUUCAGGAUUUAACGUUUCAGAAGGUAUAUGCCCUCAAGAGGGAAAUGAUUAUUUUUAUGAAAUAGCAACAGAAGAUGUGUUAGAAAUAACAAUAUUAGAAAUCAAAAGGGAUGUUUGUGACAUCCCUUUAGCAAUUGUUGACUUGAAAAGCAAAGGUGAAAGUAUUAAUGAGAAAAUGAAGAAAUAUUCUAAGAUUGGCAUCGCUAAGAGUGACCUGUCCUAUGAAAAAAAUGGCCCAGAGAUAAAGGGAGCCCUUCUGACCCUCAGCCCUGAUGUUGGACUUAAGAAAUCAAGUAAUAAAGCUGUUCAAGAGAAGACUUUAUAUGUGGAACCACAGACAGAUGAGCUCUCUGAAAGAAUUGAAAAAGAUUUAAACAUUAUGGAAACCAAACCAAGUAAAUUCUAUGACCUUGGAACUGAUAACAUUUUUGAAGCUUUUGAAAACUUGUGCAAAGAUAAAAUGGGUUUUGAGAUGCUAGAAGAUAACAUAGAGUGCCAUUUGGUUGAUCCAGGAAAGUUUGAUGAUAAAUUCCUUAUUACAGAAUUUAACACAUUGCCACAUGUUAGUGAAACAAAGGAGAUAUUAGAGCUGAAUUCACUUGAGGUUCCACUGUCCCCUGAUGAUGAAUCCAAAGAAUUCUUAGAACUAGAAUCCAUCGAGUUACAGCAUUCUCUAGUUGGGGAUGAAGAAAAAGAGGAGCUAGGCUUGGGGCCACCAAUUGUGCCCCUGUCCCAAGACUGUGACACAGAAGCCACCCUGGAACCAUUUCCAGUGCAUCUUUCCCUCAGCUGUGAAGCUGAGAACCAACCAGAACUAGAACUACCCAUAGCUCAGUUGCCUCUAGAUGAUGCUAUAAACCCUCUACCCAUUAGAGUUGGUCAGAAAACCCAAGAAUCCCAGUGUGUUGAAGACGUGACAGAGUCAAGCUGUGUAGGGUCUUUUGAUGAGCAGCACACCAUGUCACUGCACCUACAUGGGAAGAGCUGUGAGCCCCAAAUGCACUUGGAAAUGAAUAUAUUUGAAGAAGAAUUUCCAGAAUAUAAAAACAUGGAUGCCCUUGCUUCAUUGACAUCUUUGUUCUCGGAAGAAGAAUCCAGAGAUGAAAAGAAACACACUCGUGCCUUGCCAGAUCAUGUCUCAGUUCAGCCACAAAACACCUAUACUCUGGAAGGGUUUACAGUUGGAUCCAAAUGUGUUGUAUGGUCAAGUCUAAGAAACACAUGGUCUAAAUGUGAGAUUUUGGAAAUAGCUGAAGAAGGAACAAGGGUUUUUAACCUUUCAAGUGGUAUGGAAGAGAUAGUGAGCCCUGAGAAUGUCUGGAAUGGCAUUCCCAAAUUGGAUAAAAGUCCAUCUGAGGCUGUGUUCCAAACAAUGGAAAAAGAUCUUUCCUUCAUGCUACCAGAUGAUACUGCAAUUAAAGGUAAGCUGUGCUUUGAAAACAAAAAUACUUCUAUCAUCCAGAACUGCUAAGCCAUAAAGAUACCAUUAUCCUGAAUCUCAAAAACAAAAUGGUUUAUUAAUUUCCUUGGGCAUCAGUGCUACAAAAACACGUUUGAACAUGUUUAUGGAGAUAAAUAACCCAGAGGAAGAUUACCUGAAGUGUCACAGGAAAUUUGUUGAUUGAGUGACUCUCGAAAGCUAAAUGAUGAAUCUGCUGAAGUUCAUAUUUUAAGGACCUUUAAAGGAUAUUCUCAGUACUAAUUAGCUUAUGUUUGCAUAUGAUCUCUGUAUGUUAAUAUUUUGGAGUUUCCAGUUUUUAGUUUAUCUGCCUGAUAAAAUUCCAUUUGUUGGGUAUUCUCAGUCAUUGCAUGUUACCGUUCAUAAAUAACACAUUUAGAAUGGUAGCUUUAGUAGUAUAUAGAAAAGUACACACUAAAACAACAACUGUCAGUUGUCAGGCCUAUCAAAAUAGAAAAUAGGGCAAUUUCAUAAGCUUUUAAAGAAACUUUAUUUGAUAAUAGGCACAGUAUGCAACCCAAAGUGGUAAAAAAAAAAGAAAAUGUAUACCUAUAGGA